AUGGCUGGUACAUUACGCUUCACUGCUGCCAAAACUUCGAUUAUCAACAAGAAGUCAGGUUCUUCCUCAGUUAACCCACUUAAGAGACUUUUGCCAUCACAAUCCAAGUACCAGCAAAAUCUUAAGUCUCGACUGCAAAAGAUCGACACCCCAUCACAAAACACAAAGAAAGAAGAGCCAUUAACCAUAUUAGACUACAAUGUACAACUAGAUUAUCAACUUUCUCAAAGGGAAGAUCUAAUGACUGCCAUAGAUACUAUACUAGAUAAUCAGUGGUCUGAGUCAUCUUCCCUCCAAGAUCGAUAUCACUCAGCGGCAACUAAAAGUGCUAACACGCCACAGGAACUACUUUUCCUGCUUUCAGGACUAUCAAUGCAGACCAAGGCGGAGAUAAUGAAAUACAGAGUGGACCAGCUCCCACAUGGGCUAGUUACGGUGAAUCAGAUCUACUCUAUUUACGAAAAGCUUGGACACACAUUUGUAGAUCGAAGCUUGGAGUUACGGAUAAGAGAGGGCAAAUUGAAAAAAUUCAUAAUUACUAAUGCAUCUCCAAUAAUACUGAGGUCUCCUCAGAAGUUUCAAAGUGGAAAAGUCACGUAUGGGUUUGAAAAUGUAGAGAUAGUAGUCAAGUUGGAUAAUUAUUUAAAUCAUGUUCAGGGCCUGAUUGCGAAAGCAAGUGAAGACGAAGAGGUUUCUAAGUGCUUGGAAAAGUUCGCUUCCUUUGUAAGGGAGAACCCUACUGCCUUGUACAUUAGCAGCAACUUAAAUAAAGAAGAAAACUUCACGCCUGAGAAUAUUGCUACGCUCGUUGAUUUUGGAUAUGUUACGCUUACAUCCAACCAUCUCAAUGAAAUAGAGUCACAUCAAUAUGCUGUAUCAUAUCCGAAUUGUGGGACGUAUCUCAAAUUGAUCAAUGCAUGCAGAACUUGGCUAGUCAAGUUUUUGUCUAAAUCUAAAUUUAAAGAAGUCUUGGAGACUCAAAUGUACGACAGAUGGGAAGGUAUAACGCAACAGACGAAUUCCAAUGCUGGUUCUCAAUUUGCUAGUAGCCUGAAGAUGACUAACUUUAGAAAACCCUACUAUGGAUUUGAGUUGAACUGGGUUCUUGCAGAUGCACUUGGAGCUGGAGUUGUGGAAGUGUUUAGCACUCCUGUUGGUAGAGGAUGGAGAUUGACUGGGAAAAUGUAG